AAGGAUUAACAAAAAAAGUUCGAUGAACACAUUCUGUUUCCGUUUCAGAAAUGGUAACCAUCAAAGGUUAACAGGAAAACGUAACGUUAGACGAUCGAAAGCAACGAAUAGUCGAGCUUUAGCACCUUCCCCGAAAGAAAUUAACCUAAAAAUGCCGAAUGUUGGCAGCCCUUCCGUGGUGGCACAGACUACCUGGUGGUGUUCCAGGGACAAAUCUCUGGCGUUCGAUGGCCCUACGGAAAAAGUGUUUGUUUACGGUGGUCUCGCUACCGUAAAUUGUGGCACGUAUAAUGUCCAAAACGACCGAAAAUGACUUGUACGGUACAAAUUUUUCGACGGAGUCGAUGAAAGUGAUCGCCGAAAGCAUAGGUAUCGCCAGUUUGCCGGAUGAGGCGGCCAAAGAAUUGGCGGACGAUAUAUCGUUUAGGUUAAAACACAUUAUACAAGAUGCUGCAAAGUUCAUGCAUCAUGCCAAACGGGUGAAACUUAUGCAACACGAUGUAGAUUCCGCGUUAAAAGUCCGAAAUGUUGAGCCCCAAUAUGGUUUUCAAGCCACUGAAUCGUUACCGUUUAGGUUUGCCACUGGUGGCGGCAGAGAGUUACAUUUUAUUGAAGAGAAAGAAGUAGAUUUGAAUGAUUUACUACAAAAUAUAAACCCGAAGGCUCCUGUUGAUGUGACUUUACGGUCACAUUGGUUAGUUAUAGAUGGAGUGCAGCCCACAAUACCAGAAAACCCACCUCCGGUUGCAAAAAGUGUUCAAAAAUUGGAAUCUGUGGAUCCUAUAAAUAAAAAACCAGUUAGUGAAACAUCAGGAAAACCAACAACAGGAAAACAGAAACUGAAAAACGUCGAAACGGUACAAAUUAAACAACUGGCCACCCAUGAAUUAUCAGUGGAACAACAACUUUAUUACAAAGAAAUUACAGAAGCUUGUGUCGGAUCAGAUGAAACAAAACGAACGGAAGCAUUGCAGAGUCUUUCAUGUGAUCCAGGUUUGCAUGAAAUGCUGCCAAGAAUGUGCACGUUCAUAAUCGAAGGUGUGAGAGUAAAUGUGGUACAAAAUAAUUUGGCCUUAUUAAUUUAUUUAAUGAGAAUGGUGAAAGCACUGUUAGAUAAUCAAUCCUUAUAUCUAGAAAAAUAUUUGCAUGAGUUGAUACCUGCUGUCACAACUUGCAUUGUAUCAAAACAGUUGUGCAUGAGGCCUGAGUUGGACAAUCACUGGGCUCUAAGGGAUUUCGCCUCCAGAUUAAUGGCGCAAAUCUGUAAAAACUUUAACACAAGCACCAAUAACAUCCAAACCAGGGUGACAAGGAUGUUUACUAAUGCUUUGUUACAAGGAGACAAAGUCCCCAUCACAUCUCUGUAUGGAGCUUUGCAAGGGCUGGCAGAAUUGGGACCUGAAGUUAUUAGAAUUUUUAUUAUACCACAAAUUAAAUAUAUUGGAUCAAAAAUCGAAACCCACUUGGAAUCCUCGAAUCUACAGUCGAACAUCGAAAGGGUGGCUUCAGGGCUGAUAAAACAAAUGUUGGUCAAAGCACUGGGGCCUGUAUUAAAAAACCUGCGGAGUACACCGGACAAUAUCGAAGAAUAUAAACAAGAUUAUGGAUAUUUAGGGCCGGCGUUACAUAACGCCGUCGUUAAGGCCCGAACUCAACCCCAACCACCACCGGUUUCAACAUCAUCUAGCAAUAUAGCUUCAGUUGGAGCCGCAAUUUCAAGAGCAAUGACCCCAAACACAAUUGUACAGGGACAACCAAACCGGGCUGUGAUGGUGGGCCAAUCCAGAGUGGGCCAACAAACCGGCAAUCAGAAAUUCGUGUUCGUCACACAACAAAAGCAAACGCUGUCGUCGACGGCGAAUCAGACUCCUCAACCGUCAACGCCGCAGCAAAACACGGUGGUCAAGUUCGUGUCGACGCCGAACGUACAACAGCACCAGAAAGUCAUUCCGACGCAGCAGAAACUGGUCGUCGUUUCGAAUCAGAGCGUCACGCACGGGAAUUUCGUGACGCAGGGGCACACGGUCUUGAGUCAGGGACAAUCGGUCGUGCAAAAGUCCGCGUUCACGAUACAACAGAAUAAAAUUGAGCAAAACACGUCUCUGGAUGAUUUGGGGCAUUUGGGAUAAUGGGGUUUUAAAUUUUCGUAUUUACUUGCUUGUUACUCAUUUUCUAUUUGUUAUUGUUUGUAUUCAAAUUGAAAGUAACGUAAAGUAAUAUUAUUAGAUUAAGUUCGAGCAAAUUAAUUUCAAUGUUAACUAUUAAGUGCCACAUUAAUUAUUAUUUUAUUCUUCAUAAAAUAUUAUGUACCAUAUUAUUAAAUUCUCAAUUUUACAGAAAAGAUUUUGUACAAUAUUAUACUGUCUGUAAUGAACAUUCUUUUUUAAAUUUUCACAAUCAAUUUAUUUUAUAU